AUGUUAGGUGAAUCAGCAGCAAAGUUGAUUAGUUCUGUCCCCCUAUCUAAUAAUACUAUUCAAAGAAGAAUUACUGAUAUGUCUGCAAAUAUUGAAGAAACACUAUUUACAAGGCUAUCUACCAGUGACAAGUUUGCAUUGCAACUAGAUGAAAGUACUGACAUAGCAAAUAAGUCAUCUAUGUUGGUUUUUGUCCGUUUUAUAUGGGAAAAACAGUUAUUUGAAGAUUUUUUGUUUUCAUGCGAGCUCCUACAUACUUCGGCAAAAGAUAUAUUUGAAGCUAUUGAUAAGUUUUUUACAGAUCAUGGCAUUAGGUGGGAAAAAUGCGUUGGAAUAACCACUGAUGGUGCAGCAGCAAUGUCAGGUUACAAAACUGGAUUGUUGGGUCGUGUGAAAGAAGUUGCACCUCAAGUAAAGUGGACUCACAUAGGGAAGCGUUGGUUGCUAAACGCCUAUCAGAACACAUGA